CUGCCGCUCCCGGGCCCUCCCCUACGGGAACCCAGAGGCCUUAUACAGUUGCCUCUUGGGCCAGGGAUGUGGGCAGGGGUGGGCAGUGUUGGUGGUCUCCUCUGCUCUGCAGCCUCAGGAGUGCCCACUUGAUCAGGCGGUGAGGUCUCUCUCCCACGGGGUUUGGGAGCAGAGAGCUGCUGCGGUCCGGGAUCCGCCGGUGUGGGACUUCCGGUAAACACAGGAAGUGCCCGGCCUUAGAGGAAUUUUGCCUCUGUGUGUCCUGAGUUCACCAGGCAGGUUUCUUGCAGGGGAAAAGUUGGUCCUACCUGCAGUUCCAAGGCUCAAGUUUGCUCGUGGGGUACUGCCUAAGUCCUCUCCGCUGUGGCAGCAACCGGGAAGAUCUGCGCCGCUCUUUCCGGGAGCCUCCGUGCACCAGGGUUCCAGAUGGCGUUUGGUGUUUUCCUCUGGCGCCUGGAUGUGCACAGAGUGCAGUCUCUUCUGGUUUCCCAGGCGUGUCUGCCUCUCUGAAGGUUCAGCUCUCCCUCCCACGGGAUUUGGGUGCAGAGAACUGUUUAUCCGGUCUGUUUCCUUCAGGUUCCGCCAGUGUCUCAGGCCACUCCCACAUUUUCUUAAACAUUAGUAUUUUAAUUGAAUGAUGAAAAGUUACUCAUGCAAUACUCAAGUAUUUGAAUGUCUCUGUAGCAGAAUAUCACUGGUUUUUAUAGUCAAUUAAAAAGGACUGGUGUCACAAGACCAUCAGAGUCAGGUAUAAUUUUCUGAGCUCAGGAAAAUUUCAAAUUUGCAUUCUAAUCUUUCAUUGUGCUCAUGGCAUAUUGAUAUUAUAUUGAGUGUAGUUGAUGGAAUCACAGAGAUUGUGUAGCAUGUGCCUUCUGCUCUAAUCAAACAUACACCAAAAUUCAAGUUUUUUUCCAUGUGAAAAGUUCAUGCAUACUCCAAAUUUGAGCUCUUCAUUCUUCUAUCCAAAUUCUUAGUGUCAUCACACAGUUGACUCAAAUAACACAAACACUAGUUUUAUGAGCAUUCUAGGCUCUGUGACUUUGCUCUUUACAUGGAAAAGCAUUUGUCAUAGACUCUGACAAAAGAGAAGAUCACCUUUUGUUCUCUGAAUGUUUUCUAUUCCUCUAGUAAAAUCUCAAAAGAUUGUUCUUUAAUGCUUAGGGUUUCUCUCUUAUCAAAUAUUAUAUUUAGGGAUGGUAAAGUGUCAUAUGACAGCACGACAGUACAAAAAUUAGGUCAUUUAGAGGUGGAAUCAUGUAGAGACUGCCAAAUAUACCUAUACCAUAAUUGAUGGCCACAGACGUAAGAUGUUUUUAUGCAUAAUAACCUUAAAAAUCUUACCAUUUAUCAUGACUCUAAUUUUUUUCAAUUUCACAGUUCCAUGGAACAGACCAUUUGGUGGUAUUUCUUUCUACAAAGAUCCAUUCGUGAAGCCAAAAAACACAACAUAAUGGAACUUCCCAUGCAGAUAUUCACUGAGGACAUUGCAUGCUGUGACACUAACAUUGAAGAUUACCAACUGUGGUUCUGUCUUGGCCCUGGGAAAGCUCCAAGAGUACUCCAAGGGCAUGAGUAUCCACAUGACAUUAGAAUGAUAAAUAUUCAAAAGAACUUAAGUUCACGGGACUUAAGAAAUUUUACAGCUUUCCCUUCCCUACCUGGGGUAAUCAUGAAAUACCUAAACGCUGAUGUACAUGGGAAAUUCAUCUUGAAGCCCAGAAACUCAGCAAGAAGCCAGCAGCAAAAAGGACUUCCUCCAAAACAUCAAGGGAAGUCUAAUGACUUCAAAACUAUAUGAUGAGUGGAUUGGUGUACCCGAAAAGGUCAAUGAUGAAGAGAAAUUAGCCGCAGUGCAGAGUCUUUUAGAUAAAAUGCCACCUGAAAAUGCGGCUCUUCUGAGGCAACUUUUUUGUAUAUUAUAUGAAAUUAAAAAUAACUCUCCUUUUAAUGAAGUGUCUUCUUACCACCUAUCUGUUGGGUUAGCCCCAUGUCUCUUAUUCAUGCCCAGCUCCUGCAAUAAUGGAGUGACUGAUAUUGGCAAAAAGAUUUCUCUAGUAGAAUUUAUGAUCGAAAAUUCUCCAAAAGUUUUUGGAGAGGACUUGGCUGCACUGUGGCUUGGAACAUCACUAUAUCAUCCUCCUGGAGGAAAGUCCUCAUGUUCCCAGAAUAAUGCAACAAAUAUUGGAAACAUUAAGGAAACCGAACAUGGACUCAGCAGCUGCCCCAUUGGGAAAACAUGCACUCCUGGCUAUAAUACACUGCCGAAAAGUCCAGCUGCUCUUCCCUAUGCGGGCCUUCUAGAUUCACAAAAACAUGAAGGCAUUGUAUAUACUAACCCAACCGUAACAUCUAUUAAUCCACCACAAGCAAAACAGAAAUGUUUGUUUGGCAAAUCUCUUUCGGGUCUUUUAGAAGACAAAACUUUGCCUACUCCAAAACUUGGCUUCAGCAUAACCGAGUCCUUCCUGCCCCCCACCAGCAGCCCUAGUGAACACCGCCGGGCUGAGCAUGGCAGCGGGCUGACCCGGACUCCCAGCUCCAAGGAGAUCAGCCCUACAAAAUUUCCUGGAUUGUACCGAAUGGAUGAGCCUUUGCCUCCCCAUGACAUCCUCCACGAGCCUCCUGAUAUCGUGUCAGAUGAUGAGAAAGACCAUGGAAAGAAAAAGGGAAAAUUUAAGAAAAAGGAGAAAAGGACUGAAGGCUACGCUGCCUUCCAGGAAGACAGCUCUGGAGAUGAAGCUGAAAGUCCUUCCAAGAUGAAGAGGUCUAAGGGAAUCCAUGUGUUCAAAAAGCCCAGCUUCUCUAAAAAGAAGGAAAAGGAUUUUAAAAUCAAAGAAAAGCCCAAAGAAGAAAAGCAUAAAGAGGAAAAGCACAAAGAGGAAAAGCAUAAAGAAAAGAAAUGUAAAGACUUGACGGCCGCCUAUGUUGUUAAACAGUGGAAGGAGAAGAAGAAAAAGAAGAAGCCAACUCAGGAGUCAGAGGUGCCUCAGACGGACGUCCCAAGUCUCAGACCCAUUUUCGGCGCUCCCUUGGCUGACGCAGUAGAGAGGACCAUGAUGUACGACGGCAUCCGGCUGCCAGCUGUCUUCCGAGAGUGCGUGGACUACAUGGAGCAGCAUGGCAUGAAGUGUGAAGGCAUGUACCGAGGGUCAGGAGUCAAAUCAAAGGUAGAUGAGCUGAAAGCAGCCUAUGAUCGAGAGGAGUCUCCAAACUUGAAAGAAUAUGAACCUAACACUGUAGCCAGCUUGCUGAAGCAGUAUUUGCGAGACCUUCCCGAGAAUUUGCUUACCAGAGAGCUUAUGCCCCGAUUUGAAGAGGCUUGUCGGAGGACCACAGAGAUGGAGAAAGUGCAGGAGUUCCAGCGCUUGCUCAGGGAACUGCCCGAGUAUAACCACCUUCUGCUUUCCUGGCUCAUUGUGCACAUGGACCACAUCAUUGCGAAGGAGAUAGAAACCAAGAUGAGCAUCCAGAACAUCUCUCUAGUGCUGAGCCCAACUGUCCAGAUCAGCAAUCGGGUCCUGUGUGUGCUUUUCACACACGUGCAAGAGCUCUUUAGCACCGUGGUCCUGAAGCAAGUAACGAGACCUCUGCGUUGGUCCAACAUGGCCACAAUGCCUACACUGCCAGAGACCCAAGCAGGCAUCAAGGAAGAGAUCAGGAGACAGGAGUUCCUUUUGAACUGUUUACAUCGAGAUCUGCAGCGCGGGAUAAAGGACUUAUCUAAAGAAGAAAGAUUAUGGGAAGUACAGAGGAUUCUGACUGCCCUCAAGAGAAAGCUGAGGGAAGCUAAAAGACAAGAGUGUGAGACCAAGAUUUCCCAGGAGAUAGCCAGCCUAUUGAAAGAGGAUGUUUCCAAAGAAGAAACGAAGGAAAUUGAGGAGGACAUAAAUAUCCUCCUUGCCCAGGAGAAUGAGAUCCUGACUGAGCAGGAGGAGCUCCUGGCCAUGGAGCAGUUUCUGCGUAGUCAGAUCGCCUCGGAGAAAGAAGAGGUCCACCGCCUCCGAGCUGAGAUUGCGGAGAUCCAGAGUCGCCAGCAUGGCCGCAGCGAGACAGAGGAGCACUCUUCUGACAGUGAGUGCGAGAGCAAGGAUGAGGAGGAGCUGCAGAUCAUUCUGGAAGACUUACAGAGGCAGAAUGAAGAGUUAGAAAUAAAGAACAAUCACUUGAACCAAGCAGUUGGUGAAGAGCGGGAGGCCAUCGUUGAGCUCCGAGUGCAGCUCCGGUUGCUCCAGAUGCAGCGAGCCAAGUCUGAGCAGCAGCUCCAGGAGGAGGAGCCCGAGAGGCAAGGGGGCACAGGCCCACUGCCCUGUGAAGGUGUCCUUGAGGUGAUAGCAGCCAAGGAGCAGGUGAAGCCCUCGCCCAGCAAAGACCCGAAGGAUGCAUCUGAACUGCCCCGGCCCUGUGCAUCAUACUGUAAGCCAGAGUCCACUGCCUGUCCUGCCUGGCAGCGUUCUGUAAAGGCUCUCAGAGAUGCUCACUCUUGCACACGUCUGACUCCGCGUCAGGCUCAGGUCCUGGGAGGGUGAAGCGGUGGACACUCGGGGGUGGAGCGCUUGCAGGGAACACAGGCAUUUCCAGAUAGUGUCAGCUUAUUUGAAAAUUAAUUUUCUUUGAUAAAAAUAACUAUUUUAACCCUUGAGUGGCUUCUUUUUAAACCAAAAAACUUUGUUGUUGUUGUUGUUGUUGUUGUUGUUGUUGUUGUUGUUCUUUAAAUCACAGUAGAAUCAGGAUCUCUUUCUUAUCAAAGGGUGGGAACCAAACCAGGUCACUUCUGCGCCUGCCUUGUGGACGCUCGUGGUCUUACCAGCCCUGCAGGGUCCCUGGCCACUCUUGCUUGUGCCUUCCACACCUUUUGGUGCAGAUUGUUCAGUGGGGAUCUGCCUCAUAUUCUCUGACUGGCCAAAAAGGCUCACGCUGGGGUUCCUUGUUCCUGCCCUGUGUGUACCACUUUUCUUUUCCAGCUCCGAGUCUGUCAUUGUGAGUCAGGACGGCCCAGUUUGGUUGCAGAGGGAGGUUACCAUGCAGCCUGCCACCAGCCUGGGCAGGGCAGGCCACCCACUCACUGCCAGGGAGCAGCAAGGGCCUUUUCUCAGAGGUGGUCAGAGAUGACCACCUUGACCCUGAGGUUGCACAGGACGCUUCUCACACCAGAGUCCUUUUCCACACUGACCUUCCAGGAAAGUCACCUUCCACAGUGACUUCAGUUGCUAGCUUGGGCUGGGAUACCCACACCUCUGCCAGGAUAAGCCAUGUAGAUGCUCUCAUGCACAACUUUCACCUGUCCAUGUCAUCUCAAGGGGCUGCUUAAGGACUCUGACAGAACUGAGCGGAAGGAAGGAAAGCAUAACUGUAAUUGACCGCACCUGGUGUUUGCCUCUAACCCAAGACAACUGCUCCCAGUGGUCUGGGAGGCCGGACUCUUAGGCAACCGGAUUUCACUGUCUGAUGAGUGGCCCCCAGGGAGGUACCCUGUGGCUCUGAAGACAAAUGCCACACUCUAAAGUGAGCAACAAAACCACAGGAGGGCUCUGUCUACUCCCCAGUCAGUAUUUAUUUCAGCACCUGUUUUGUGCGAUUUUUCAUUAGCCUCUACCUAUUGCACUGUUGUGACUUGUUGGCCAUUAUUUGAUUUUUGUACAGAAAAAAAAAGCUUUGUUAUAGAAAUCAGCAUACUAUUUUUUAAAUCUGGAGAGAAGAUGUUAUGGAGACUGGAAAGGUGGUCAGGUGUCAAAUGAAAAUGUACAAAUGCCUUGCUGCACCCGUCAGAUGUGCAACACUCAUUCUAUAUUUGCUGGCAAUAUCGAAGAAUUCUUUUUGUUUGUGUAAACUCUAAUUUCUAUCAAGGUAUCAUGGGUUUUUAAAAUUUCAUUACAAAUGUCUCAAUGUUGGUUUACUAAUUUUUGCCAGGACCAUUAUUGAUUAAGGAAAUAAAUUCAGCAGCCUUUGAGAAAAAAAAAUUGGUGUUCGAUGUUGGAUAUUGCCCUCCCUACAGUAGAUACAUGGAAUUGUUUUCAUUCCCAAUCAAAAACACUAACCAGCAAUUUCACUUUUCUGAAUAUUCACACUGGUCCCUGAGGGAUAAGAUAGACACCGAACGAUAUAUUAAUUGGAAUGAAGAACACGUGCUUGUUAUACCAUCCCUGUUUUCUGGAACCAUGGACUCAUGAUCUCUUGAUAAGACACAUGGCAGGUAAAAGUCUGACAAGAUUAGAAUGUCACAAGAUUCAUCCCAAAGACACAGGUGAACAGCUUCUGUUGGAAGGUAAAAUAAUCAUAUAACAGAUCGGCUUUAGUUUGGCGUUACAUAUAUUCCCACUGAUUCACCUCGGGCCGUAUAUUGUAAAGCAAUAGCAGGACAAGUAGUAAUAGUGAUAAAAGUGUGUUUUACAAAAUUCAUGUCUUAAAUAAUACUUACCAAAACUUAUCCCUCACAAAUAACAGUUCAAAAUGGCUAGUCCACCACUGACCCACAAUAGGCUGUCAAUGUUUGAUAUUGCCCUCUGUCCAGUAGAUAAACAAAAUUGUUUUCCUUCUUAAUCAAAAAACAAUCCAGCACUUUAACUUUUGCCAGAUAUUGACAUUCUAAUUCCAUGUCAAGUAGUCAAGAAUUAACCCAAGCUACAUUUAACCUGUCUACCACUCUUAAUUUGCCAGGGAGCUGCAGUGAGUCUAGAGCAAAUAUUGUUUUAUUUCUGUUUGGGCCUUGAUCUGAAUUCACCUCUCAGAAGACUAUGGACCUAUGGCCCAGACAUCAAGAGAAAAGAUAGUGUUCUGCGAUUAACUAUGUUUAGUAACAUUGGGCAAAGGUACCCAAUGAUUCCUCCUUGGCUCUUGAGCUUGCCAAGUGUGUCUGGUUCAAAUUGCCAGAAACUUGGGACCACAUCAUGGGGAGAAAGUUAAGAUCAGUGACUGAAGGUAGCCAUGUGCAUUCAAAGCAAUUUACAGGUACAAGAGCACCUGGGAUUCUUCCAGUUUUAUGACUUGCUACCUUUAGUACAACAUGAAAGUUAUUUGUGGUAUUUUACGAACAAAGACAGUUUCUGUUCUUUAAACAAACUGAUGCUUACAACUUAAUUUAUAUUGUUGAAUAUUUACCAAUUUUAAGAAAAA